AUGUCCAAACGAGGCGGCAACAUAGAUGACGGGGCAGCCGCCUUUCGCAAGCGCCAGAAGAUCACCCACGAAGUCCCCGCUGGCGAAGAUGUGUACUCGAGCGAUCAGCUGCGCCAACUGCUGAGUUUCGACCAAGAUCUAGGUCGAGCAAGGCAUGGCCUGCAGUCAUUCAAGAGACUCUUGGACGAGAUACAUGCAAGCGAAAGCGACGACAAUGACAAACUCCAGAUCCUCUACGAAUACCUCGAGGCGAGCAAGCCACGGCAGACAGGCGAGGAUGCGGUGUUCCUCAACGACAUCAUGGAGAUGUGGUCAUUUGCAGCCCAGGUCAACAAUGAUGGGGUCAUGUCAUCGGUUGCUGUCGUCCUGGCCCUCGUGCUGUCGACUCUUUCGGGGUCUCUGAAGAUGGUAUCCCACGGACUGGGGAUCUGUCAAACAUUGAUCCAGGAAAGGCAACUCAAAUCGUUGUCAAAGAACUUGUCGGUGGAAAAGGGAAAGGCUUUCAUUAUAUCUCCCACGUUGCGUCUGCUCAGGGAGGCCGUCACGCUCGACGGCGGAGCCUUUGCCAAGAGGAUCUUCAGAGCCCGACAGUCGACUUUCACCGCUCUAGGCCGUAAUCUAGAAAUCGGACACUCAGGGGAUGGUAUUGAAGAUGCGAAAAAGACGUCAGUCAGGACCAAUGCCGUCAAGUUCCUCUUGGCUUGCUUGAAAUACCUACAUUCAGAUGGACGCAAGGAGCUCAUGACGCAGAGGGAGCUUAUUUCUCACCUCACCUAUACGAUCCGCAAUGACCCGCCGUACUUGAUUCUCGACAUUCUCAAUACCUUACAGAAUUACGUCCUCUCGGAUGACAACAUAUCACGGGAGGCAAAACUUCGCAACUUCAACACCAAAACGUUGUGGCGCAUACUCGCCUUGUACAGCUACGGAACCAAUGCCAUCCCCCAAGAGGAGAGAGCCGCUGUCGCAGACAAGGCGCAUGCGUUCCUGGUCUACGUGUGCACGAGCCCCGGAGCUGGUGUUCUCUACCCCUCGACCGGAUUGUAUCCCAGGCCAUUAGACGACGAGUCUAGCAAUACCCGGAAGUCAAAGCUUGUGAAUCUCGAGGGUGCCAUAGCCGAGGAUCGAUACAGCAAAGACGUCCCAGUGUACAACUACGUGCUAUCAGAGUUCACGCAGAAGUUGCGGCCCUGGUCCAGCCGCAAACACAGCGAGCUGCUCAUUACCAUUUUCAAUGCCGCCCCUGAGCUCAUUGCCGACUUCUUCCUCAGCAAUCGCGACUUCAGCUUCGCGCCCAAAUUGUCAAUGACCUGGAUCGGCUACGCUGCCUGCCUGUUCGAUACGAUGCAAAUUCCCAUACCCGAUCAUUUCGGAGACAGGUCGAAAUACUCGGCAGCGCCACCACCAGUUUCCAUCCUGCUGGCCAACAUCAUCCCCUUGCCGAUCGACCGCAAAGCGCUCAUCAAAUGUCUUGAACCAGGCUCGAAUCUCACAUCAUUCUUUGCGACGAGGAUCCUGGUUCUUGCUCUGGAGAAGCUCGAGAAGGUUCUUAGCAUGCUCCAAGGUGCCACACGCACUAGCGACGCCCUCUGGGUCGAAUCGUCAAAGAAGCUGAUCGACGCGUUCUGCCAGCGAAUCCCCGACAUGAAAGAAAUUGUCCGCAUGUACAGAUCUGUGCCAGCCGAGAAUCUUCUGCAUAAGACCCUAGGCAGUCGCUUGUUGCGGCUAUACUACGAGGUUGUCCCUCGCGUCGCCCUGGCAGCCAAUUUCGACGUCUCACCUCUGUUGGUAGACAUACUGGGGAAGCUCGACCACGAAGAGGCGACAGCGGAUGCCAAAGCCUUUGCUGUCAUGGAGCUGGAGAACCUCGUCUCGAUUGCCAGUCACUCUCCUGGCAUGCGAUGGUUCAACAGGCCCAGUGGCGCAAGCACGUUACCGUUCAUAGCCUUGUUGCAGGUCCUCUGCAGUGACGGUCAGAACACCCCGUCUGAUCAAAUCAGACGGGUCCUCAAUACUAUUGCCCUGGAAUCUCAGAUUGUAUCAAAGAAGGCAGGCCUACGGCCGUUGCUGCAAGCGCUACGAUGUGCUGUGAACAACGACCGAGUCACUGAUAUGUCCCCGGUUUGGCCAUUCCUCGACAACUGCAUCAGCCGGUGCGCAUCCACUCCGAUCAAAUACCUCGAGCUUCUCGAGACGUACGAACACGAUGAGCAAGUGUCAUCGGAGGAAGUAAGUCUCCUCAACGUGACGCUCGCCGAGCAGCUGCGAUUCAUCACGGCAUCAUCCGAGUCCAAAGGGAAAGUCGCGCUGGCCAACUUCCUCAUCCUCUUCUUCAACGCCGCCGCCAAAUCCAAAGAGAACAGCAUCUUGGUCCAUGCCAUCUAUAAGCAAGUGCAAGGGCAACUUGCAGAAGCAGACCUUGAGUCAAGAUCGCUAGGCGGCAAAGCGGAUCUCGAGGCUCUCAAGGCGCACAAAGUCAUGGACGACAGCGACAGCACCACGAAAACCAAACCCAUCACAAACACCUCGUCAAUAGACGCCUCCCAACUCGAGGAAAUCCUCCACAUCGCCAUUCCCGAAGAGGAGGACACCUCCGCCCUCACAAAGUGGACUACUAAGAACGCCGAGGACCUCAUCGAAGACGCCCACGCCACAAAACUCGUGCUCCUGCUCUCCUCACCCCACAGAAGCAUCCGCAAGGAGGCGCUUACCAACGUCCUCAAGCUCUCCUCCCGGCUCAAGGAGUCUUCGUACGAGGAGAAGGAGCAGAUCUGGCUUCUUCUGUCCGAACUGGCCGAGUCAUCAAGACCGCACGUGGACGCGGGGCCGGUGCCGUCUGCGUUCACCGCGUUUGCGACCCACGCCGUCGAAGUGCUGCGCAACCCCCUGCACCCUCUGUACCCGAAAGUGAACACCUUCCUCACACGAAGCCCCAUGUGGCCGGCCGACAAACUACCCCUCGCACAUGACAUCCUCCACGGCGAGCCGUCUGAGGACGACAGGUACUAUACAGAGAUCACAUGGUUGUUGACAUAUCUCCUCGAUGCCCUGCGCCGCGCGUCCGACCUCAGCGUCUUCCACAAGAAGAAAUGGUUCGAGAAGAUCUUGGUGUUGGGGGCCAACCCAUAUCUUCGCACAAACCUACGAACCAGGAUAUUGAGGGUUGUCUACAGAGCAACGUGCAUCGAAGGCGGAAGCACCACGCUCACGACGAGAUUUGGCAUCAUCAGCUGGCUUGUGGCACAGCGGGCUGCUUGCGAGAGUGGAAGCGUGGAGUAA